UCAUUCACUCGUUCACAAUUGUAUCGUGUUACAUGCCACAGGGAGUGCAAACCGGUUGAAUAUUGUCAGGGCAGUCCCAUGAUUAUCUAGUGUAGUGGAUACUUGGGAUUGGGAUUGUUCCGAGUGAUAUUUCCGUGAAGGAUGGAUCAGGAAAGGAUACCCCUGAUUCACCGGGGGGCACGCUCUGGACUCACUAUUUUUUUCGCAACACUGUGCAUUGUUGAUAUCUUCGGGGUAUUUCCGAUUAUUGCUCUGCCACGUGCUAUUGUUCAAUGCGGUCUUUUGGGGAUUCCUCUCGUCAUUGUCGUCGUUUUGUUUCAAAUUUAUACUGCUGCCCUUCUCGGCAAAUGCUGGAUCAUUGCUACGUCACUGGACCCGGAGAUUCUGCGAAAAAAUAGAAAUCCUUUGGCUGCUGUAACUGAAAUGACGUUGGGGCCGAUGGCAAGGACUUGGAUCAACAUCCUGUUAGACCUGACUAUUUUUGGAUGUGGAAUACCGAAUUUACUAGUCGGUAAGAUGGCCCACAUUACAUUCCCCAAGAACAAAGAACACAUUCGAGCGAAAUUCUUUGAUUUUUUAGCAUCUCAAAAUCUACAACUCUUCGGCCUCAAAGUAUCAGACAAUCAAUUCGACCUCUCCUUCUGCUACUGGCUCCUGGUCGUCGGUGUAUUGCUAUGUCCCUUGAUGUGGUUGGGAAGUCCUCGAGACAUGAAAUCCCUAGCGAUCUGCUCAACAUUCGCUGUAUGUGUGACUGCCAUUUUGGUUUGGUGGUGCAUUCUAAUCGACGACAGAACUCUCGAGGUUGAUCCAGUUCCAACAUCUCCAACAUGGGAUAAGUUUAUCUCCGGUUAUGGAAUGCUAGCUUUUCAAUUUGAUGUUCAUCCCACGUUGAUGACUGUUCAAGUCGAUAUGAGACAACCUAGGGAUAUAAAUAAAGCAGUCGUUCUGUCAUUUCUAUUCAGUGGUGCAUUAUUUGGAAUAACAACAUCUCUAGCUGUGUGGAAAUAUGGUGGAAGCACAACAGCAAAUAUCCUUCAAAUAGCACCAGCUGGAGGUGUCAGCAGGGCCGCAAUACUCGUUUCAGCAAUUCAACUGAUAUUCUCCAGCGUCAUAGGCCAUGCAGCGAUGUUCCUACAUCUGGAGGACGAGCUCCAUGUGCGAAGAACAUUUGGAUGGAAGCGUUGCGCAAUGCGUUCGGCGGUUGUCUUCCUGGGAGUAGCAGUGGGCGAGUCAGUUCCUCGUUUCGAUAUAGUUAUGUCCUUGAUCGGUGGGAGCUUAACAGGACCCCUCGUCUUCGUUCUCCCUCCGAUAAUGUACGCACGUGCACGAGCCCUCAAAGCUCAAUCUCCAGAUAAUCCUCGGGUGCGUGAAGUGAUAUCACCAGCUCAACGUCUGGAAGGAACCGUCUCCCUCGUCGAUCCAAAAAUCCACUCUCAAUCCACUUACUACGGUUUCAAGGACCACACAAAUCAGCAGCGCUACUCCUUCGUCUAUUUUGAUAACGAUGAUGACGAUGACGAUUCCGUAUCGGAUACCGAAGAUGAUGACGCGCUGAAUGAGGCAGGGGCCACUCUGGAAUCACCCGGGGAAGGUGUCCAGAUGAUCGAGACACAUGUGGAUAUCACUCCAGUUAUCGUUGACCCAACUAAACCCAGACGAUUGCGACGAAAAACUGUCGUUCGAGGAUCGGCAAUCGAAAUUCAGGGCAACAAUGGGGGAAAUGUACAUUUUGAAAGACUGAUAAACUGGCUGGGAUAUUUUGUCGUUGCUCUUGGUAUUCUCAUCACUAUCUCCUCAACAUAUAUUAAUAUCAAGAAUACCAUUCGUUUUGUCAAUUUCACACCACCGUGCAUUAUCAAUGCCGCUGCUGCUGGCAAUGCCAGUAAUGCUGGGGGAGGGUAAUUUACUGGCAGUACUUUGCACUUCGGUGAAGUGUCAAAUACUUCAUUUAAUCAGUCGAUUUUUUAAUUAAAUUUAUCAUGAGAUGUUUACGGCGUUAUUUAAUUGCGGGAAUUAUCGUUAAUUAUUCGGAUGUGUUAUGUAUUAUUUUUUUGGGAAAGGGGGAGCGAUCGUUUUUUAUCAAGUCAUUGAAAUUCAAGAAGAGUUUGCGGCAAAACAACGAAUUCAAUUAUUUAUGAGAUGAUUUUUUUAUGGAUAAUAUUUUUGGGCAAAAAGUGUUCAACCGAACUUUAUAACUGUACGUUAAAAUUUCAUAUAUAUUUCACAGAUGUUUGGGACUUCUCUGUACGUAGAUGACAGAACGAGGAAAAAUUACAAACAUUACUUUAUCAUUAAGUUAUGGUUUUUGUGCGAUACUAGUAAUGUUUCUUCGUAAAAAUAAUUUUUCUUUUUACUGAUUUUUUCCAGCUGUAUUAACUUUCAGUACGAAAAAUAAAAUGUGACGAUUUUCUACCUGUUUUGACUUA